AUGGUGCAGUACAACUUUAAAAAGAUUACAGUGGUUCCCACUGGGAAGGACUUUGUUGAUAUCAUCCUUUCCCGUACACAGCGCCAAACUCCUACUGUGGUGCACAAGGGUUAUGCCAUUUCCCGAAUCCGUCAGUUUUAUAUGCGAAAAGUGAAAUAUACACAGCAAAAUUUCCAUGAGAAGCUUUCAACCAUCAUUGACGAAUUCCCGCGUCUGGAUGACAUCCAUCCUUUCUAUGGUGACCUUCUCCAUGUUCUCUACAACAAAGACCACUACAAGCUGGCCCUAGGUCAGAUCAACACGGCGAGGAACUUGAUUGGUAAGGUAUCAAAGGAUUAUGUGAAAUUGUUGAAGUAUGGCGAUUCACUCUAUAGGUGCAAGAGUUUGAAGGUUGCUGCCCUUGGAAGAAUGUGUACUGUAAUUAAGCGCAUUGGACCUAGUUUAGCUUAUCUUGAACAGAUAAGGCAACAUAUGGCCAGGCUUCCUUCAAUUGAUCCUAACACCAGGACCAUCUUGAUAUGUGGUUACCCUAAUGUCGGUAAGAGUUCUUUCAUUAACAAAAUCACGAGGGCUGACGUUGAUGUACAACCCUAUGCUUUCACUACAAAGUCUCUGUUUGUUGGUCACACCGAUUAUAAGUAUUUAAGGUAUCAGGUGAUCGAUACUCCGGGUAUUCUGGACAGACCUUUUGAGGACCGUAAUAUCAUUGAAAUGUGCAGCAUUACUGCUCUGGCCCAUCUGAGGGCUGCAGUAUUAUUUUUUCUGGACCUUUCAGGUUCUUGUGGCUAUAGCAUUGCUCAACAGGCAGCUCUCUUUCAUAGCAUCAAGUCACUUUUUAUGAACAAACCUUUGGUUAUAGUCUGCAACAAGACUGACCUGCAACCACUUGAGACGUUACCUGAGGAAGAUAUGAAAUUGGUCAUGGAGAUGAAGUCAGAAGCCAUGAAGACUGUGGUGGGUGAAGGGGGUGAACCCACAGAUGAUGCUGGUGUGCUCUUGACUAUGAGCACUCUUACUGAAGAAGGUGUAAUUGCUGUUAAGAAUGCAGCUUGUGAAAGGUUAUUAAACCAAAGGGUUGAAUUGAAGAUGAAGUCGAAAAAGAUAAACGACUGCUUGAAUCGCUUCCAUGUUGCAAUUCCAAAGCCCAGGGACCAGAAAGAAAGGCCUGUAUGCAUACCUCAGGCCGUCUUGGAAGCUAAAGCAAAGAAAGCUGAGGAAGCUGCAGAGAAGGAGAAGAGGAAGCUGGAAAGGGAUCUGGAGAAUGAGAAUGGUGGUGCAGGUGUAUACUCUGCCAGCUUGAAAAAGCAUUAUAUCCUUGCAAAUGAUGAAUGGAAGGAGGAUAUAAUGCCUGAAAUCCUUGACGGGCACAAUGUGUAUGAUUUCAUUGACCCGGAUAUCCUUCAAAGGCUUGAAGAGCUGGAGCGAGAAGAAGGUCUACGACAAGAACAAGAGGCUGAUGAUGAUUUCGAGAUGGAUGAUACUGAAUUGACACCAGAACAGCAAGAGUUACUGGCACAGAUCAGGAAAAAGAAAAGCUUACUUAUUCAGCAACAUAGAAUGAAGAAGGCUACGGGUGGGCGCCGACCAACUGUUCCUCGGUUAUUUGACAAAGACAGGCAGUUCACCUCAGGCAGGAUGGGAAGAGAAUUAUCACGUGUUGGAAUUGAUCCUAGCUUGGCAAUCAAUAGAGCCCGAGAUAAAUCUAGGGGUAGAAAGAGGGAGAGAUCAUCUGAAAGAGGAGACGACAAUGCUAUGGAUGUGGACGGUGGUCAACUUCGCAAAAAGCUGAGGAGGUCUAUUGAUACUUCUAGAUCUUCUAGAUCACGCUCAAGGUCACGAAAUCCAAAUGAAGUUGUACCAGGAGAGGGUUUGAAGGACUCUGCUCAAAAGGCCAAGGCUAGAAAACUGGAUAAGAAAUCCUCGAAUAAGAGAAACAAGGAUGCAAAACGUGGAGAGGCUGAUAGAACUAUUCCUAACCUGAAACCUAAACACUUGUUCUCCGGCAAACGAUCCACUGGAAAAACCCAGAGGCGUUAA